AAUUACCUCUAAUGGCUUCAAAGACUUUAAUUGUGCAUCCAAUUUACAAUAGAAUAGUAUCAAGGUUUCCACAAAAUUUGACUUUCUGCUUUGCUUAUGGUUCUGGAGUGAAAAAACAACUAAGCAAACACAAGUCUGAUCCUACAAAAAAUAUGAUUGACCUCAUAUUUUGCGUCGAUAAUCCUAUCAAAUGGCAUCAAGCAAAUUUGUUAGAGAAUUCUUCCCACUAUAGCAUUCUUAAAAUAUUAGGAGCAAAUUGGAUCGCAAAAUUGCAAGAAAAUUCAGGCUCAAAAGUGUACUACAACACUCUUGUUCCAAUAGAUGGUCUCCUCAUAAAAUAUGGUGUAGUCUCAACUAAAGAUUUAGUAACAGAUCUCUUAGAAUGGUCAGAUUUAUAUUUAGCAGGUCGUUUACACAAACCUGUAGAAGUAAUUAAGGAACCCUCAGUUGGAGAAAUCCAAACAGCUUUACAAUUAAAUUUACAGUCUGCUGUACAUGCAGCACUGCUGAUCCUUCCAGAUAGCUUUACAGAAUAUGAAUUUUAUUGUACAAUAGCAAGACUCAGUUAUGAUGGAGAUUUUAGAAUGAUUUUUGGAGAAAACAAAAAUAAAGUUGAGAAUAUUGUUAGGCCACAAAUGCUUGAUUUUAGAGAACUGUACAGACCAUGUAUGAAACUGCUGCAUGAUUAUGUAGAUUUUCCUAUUAUAUCUUCAUCAUUAUUACCUGCAGAAAGAGAUAUUGUUGAGCAAAAAAAAAUUGAAUUAUCUAUACAAGAAGCAGAAAAAGCCUCAAUAUGCACUCAGGAUGUUUCUCCCUUGGCAAGACUUCAUCAUCUCAACCAAUUACCUAGAUGGCCUCAAGUGGCACUAACACGAUUUUGGAACAAGGGUAGCCUUCAUCAAGACACUGAAGAUGUACUAAGGGCAGUUGCAUAUGAUCCAGACUGUAGUCUCAUUGUCCAAGAAUGUAUUAACAAAAUUGUUUGGAACUCUUCAAUUAAACAGAGCCUAAAGGGCAUUUUAACUGCAGGAUUCUUGAAAAGUGUUAAAUAUAGUAGUCAAAAAAUAGCAAAAAUGAUUAAAUAGUAUACAAUAUUUAAAUAGUUAUAAGAAAUGAAAA